UGGCAAAGAGGAAAAGAAAAAUAAUUGCAAAACUCUUCCUGAUGCCCGCGCUCGUUCUCAGCCGUACUGGAGAAUAGGAGAAUUCAGCAAGAGGCUCGAAAAAGGAAUCUGAGCAGCGCAUGAGUUUGUGAGCGGACUGGGAAAUUAAAUCGACGACACAGAUCCAGAGGUUUAUUGGAGCGCAGGCUGAUGGCGCAAAGGUACGAUGAGCUGGCUCAUUACGGCGGCAUGGACGGGGUCGGUAUGUACGGGGAUCCUCACGCGCCUCGGCCGCUCCCGCAGGUCCAUCAUCUGAAUCACGGACCGCCGCUCCACGCCAGCCAGCAUUACGGCACACAUGCCCCCCAUCCCAAUGUCAUGCCCACCAGCAUGGGCUCAGCUGUCAACGACGUGUUAAAGAGGGAUAAAGAUCAAAUUUACGGUCAUCCUCUGUUUCCUCUGCUGGCUCUGGUGUUUGAGAAGUGUGAGUUGGCCACAUGUACCCCCCGUGAGCCCGGGGUGGCGGGAGGAGAUGUGUGCUCCUCUGACUCCUUCAACGAGGACAUCGCUGUCUUCGCCAAACAGGUCCGUGCAGAAAAACCUUUAUUUUCUUCAAAUCCAGAGUUGGAUAAUUUGAUGAUUCAAGCCAUACAAGUAUUACGGUUUCAUCUUUUGGAGUUAGAAAAGGUGCACGAACUCUGCGACAAUUUCUGCCAUCGGUACAUCAGUUGUUUGAAAGGAAAAAUGCCCAUAGAUUUAGUGAUUGAUGAACGGGACGGCAGCUCAAAAUCAGACCACGAGGAGCUCUCGGGAUCUUCAACCAAUUUAGCCGAUCAUAUGGGGCACGUGGACGGAUGGAUCAAGAAUCCGGCGUCCUGGAGAGAUCAUGACGACGCCACUUCCACACACUCGGCCGGAACGCCUGGACCCUCCAGUGGAGGACACGCCUCACAGAGCGGAGACAACAGCAGCGAACAAGAUGGUUUAGACAACAGCGUGGCUUCACCCGGCACAGGCGACGACGACGACCCGGACAAGGACAAAAAACGACAGAAAAAACGUGGAAUCUUCCCAAAGGUCGCUACUAACAUCAUGCGGGCGUGGCUCUUCCAGCAUCUUACACACCCAUAUCCUUCAGAAGAACAGAAGAAGCAGCUCGCUCAGGACACGGGUCUCACCAUCUUACAAGUCAACAACUGGUUCAUUAAUGCGAGAAGAAGAAUAGUACAGCCCAUGAUUGACCAGUCAAAUCGAGCAGGUUUUCUUCUUGAUCCUUCAGUGAGUCAGGGAGCGGCAUACAGUCCAGAGGGACAGCCAAUGGGCAGCUUCGUCCUGGAUGGACAACAACACAUGGGAAUCCGACCGGCAGGUCCCAUGAGCGGUAUGGGCAUGAAUAUGGGCAUGGACGGCCAGUGGCACUACAUGUAACGGCUGUACUGUAAAGAAAAGGGGGAAGUGUGCGAGGCGUGUCGGGGAGUUUGUACAUCAGCGUGGUCCUGUGGGCAUCAGCAUGGCAUCAUCACCACCACCCCUCCACCAGCGGCCCCUCGUCUCUCACAUUUCUCACCCAGAUCUCAACAUCACACUCCAACCCAUGCAGCCAUGCUAAUGCACGGAAACCCCCCCACCCCCACACGCAGAACUGACCCCAGUGCUGCUGGACUCGCCCAAUGACGCAAGGGAACCGACCAAUAGCAUCAAGGAUGACAUCGACAAUAAGCCCAAGACAGAUUUUUUUGAAAAGAAAAACGUUGCAACAUCCGACAGCUGAAUCAGACGCUUCAAAUGGAAUUCCAGACGAGCUGUGAUCAUUUGUAAUCUUGUGAAUUUUGUUACUUUCGUUACUGGAGGACCAAGAGCUGAGGAGAACACUUUGUAAAGUCUUGGGUUUUUGUUCAAAUCACCAGAAGAUGUUUCUGCUUAUUAAACACACACACACACACACACACACACACACACACACACACACACAAACAUUAUGAAAAAAAAAAAAAACACUCACAAAAGAGACUCCAAGAGUUCAAACUACUGUAGUAUAAAAGCAUAGAAAGUAAAUUAAAACUUGUACAUUUUUAUCACUCACUUUAUGUUUUCUGAGCUAGUCCUAGAGUAAAACCUUGUUUGUCACAUUGUGUGCGUUGUUCCUUGAAACAGAGACGCUCUGAUCGCAGCAAUAACUAGUGAAACACAUCUCGGCCCAGACGCUAACACUACACGGCGAAUCCGCCCCGUCACGGACCAGAAUUCUGAAUUAUUCCUCCAUCAGAGUUUCUGCCGAUUGAAGCCGCUCUCUUCACGCCUCUUUUAUUUUCCACGCGUUCACCCUUUUUGGUCCAUGAAUGAAUGAAUGUUUCCCUGUAGGUGAAGUUCUUCGUUUGAAUUGCCCAAGCACUGGAUUGUGUUGCUUUUAUACAUUUUUAUUUUAUUAUAAUUAUUAUUAUAAUAUUUUGUAUGUUGGACUCUCAGAGAAAGAGCCUUGUGAAGGACGUGUAUUCUCGAGAAAACGCAACAUCCCGCGGUAGAUUCACGCCUGAGGAUCAAAUAUAUCUGCCAUACGGACGAUACCGAUGCGUGGAUUCUUGUGAAUUCUGCGGCACACAGAGAAGCUAUCAAUGUGCCGAAAAACUUUAAAAGGAUGAAAAAAAGAACUUAAAUUAUGAACUCAAAGCUGGAAGCUGAGAGAAUAUUGUAAGAAUCUUCGUACAGAGUUCAGUCUAUUAAUUGUUUCAUGUUAGAUAUUCUGUGUUUACCUCAAUUGAAGACGAAUGUUUUUGCUAGUUUCAGAUCUGCUGUGGCAUUGAUAUUGUAUGUCCAUGAACUCCCUUCCUUUCUCAGCACGUGUUCCUCACUAGAAGAUGAAAUACUGUCUCCUUAAGCUUUGUCAAAAAUACAUUCAAUACUUGUAUGAGGACUGUGGCGUAAUGUUUCAAAGGUGUUCAGUCACAAAUGCUGUAAUAAAUAUUUCGUUUUUGAUUUUGGUAGAUUCUUGUGUGCUGUACAGUGUGUUGCGCAUUCAUACAACUAUUUAUAUUAACCUAAAAUGUUGCUCUUACUGUAUAUAAUAUUAUUGGAUAGAACACAGCUGACAUUAUUAUGGAUCAGAGUAUUGUUGUGCAAGUGCUCAUGGUGUGUAAAUGUUGCUUUAAGAUCCUCCACUUUAGUUUUGAUGUAAAACAUGUGUAAGUGCUUCAGAUGAGAUCAGAGAGAGAGAGAGCUGGUGGCAUGUGGACUUACAGUGGGGCAGUUAGUAGAUCAGCUGCACUGAAGGAGAUUUGAGUCGCUCUGCGGCGCCCCCUGCCGGUCACACACACACACACACACACACACACACACACACACACACACACACACACACACACACACACACACACACACACAUUCAAACUGCUGCACAAUAGCGUUUGUAUCUCAAUAACCUUCUACAUCAUUAAAAAAUGAUGAACACAAUGAUGAUAUAAAUGCAUGAAAGAAAAGUGAAACAUUUUAAGUGUUUGAUGUGACUUUCAUUCAUUUUAUUAUUUAAUGUUUCAUUUAUCUUUUACUCAAGUGCAGGCACUAAAUGUCUUCUCUUUUUGAACAUGUUCGAUGUAAAAACGGCCUCAGAUUUCCCCCAAACUGGAUGUUUUGUAUCUACUAUUUGUACGUAAAUCGAAUUACAGCAGUUUUCCACCGUAAUUGUAAAAUUCGAAAUAAAACUAAAAUAAAUGUAAUAAUUUGCUUAAAACAUAAUACCAUUAAAAAUGUGUCUAUAUCUAGAAUUUCAAAUGGAUCACUUGCAGCUUCUAUGAGUUUGAUAU